AUGGAUAAGUUAUACAACGUGAGGGACAUAUUUAAGAGUGUUGCAUCAAAAUACGAUUUUAUGAAUGACCUUAUGAGUUUUGGUGUACAUAGGUUUUGGAAGGAUUGUCUAGUUGGUCUAUUGGAGCCAAAACUGAUAUCGCACUGGCAGAGUGUAGAGAGGUGUUUACUUUCAAGCAAUAGGGGACGAAUUUUAAAGGCCAGGGUACCAAAGUUGAGCAUAAUAGACCUGGCAGGAGGGACUGGCGACAUAGCCUUUAGAAUAAAUGACCUAUCCAACCACCUUGCGUUUAAAACUGCCAAUGGUUUUCAAUAUCAUUGCGAAUAUUCACGGAAAUUCUACCCAAAAAUAUCAAUUGUAGAUGUAUCAGAGGAAAUGAUCGCCGAAGGCAAGAGAAGGUAUAGAGACCAGUACGGCGGUCAGACGGGCGUAACGGAAUGGUUGGGCAAUUCAGAUGAAACAGGUAACGUCGAAUGGAUCCUUGGUCCUGCAGAAGAAAUUCCACUAGAAGAUUCAUCGGCAGAUAUUAUCACAAUCGCAUUUGGUGCGAGGAACUUUGAUAAUUUAAGCCAAGGGUUGUUAGAAUGCAAACGGGUACUUAAGCCAAACGGCGAACUUUACAUUCUAGAAUUCAGUAAAUGCAAAUUACCGGUACUUUCUGCGCUUUAUAGCGUGUAUUCCCACUUGGUGAUUCCAAAGAUGGGGAAAGUGGUUGCCAACGAUGAAGACGCAUACCAAUACCUAGUGGACUCGAUAGAAGCGUUCCCUGGACAACUAGAUUUUGCUAAAAUUAUUGAAGAUUGUGGUUUUCAUGAAGUAUCCCACUUGGAUUUAUCCGGAGGGAUUGUUGCGAUACACAAGGCUGUCAAGAGAUAG